AUGAUAAUAAGAUUCGCGCGCGCUGAUCUUGGUCGCACUGAGUCCGAGAGUGUCCGAAGCGAGGGCCGAACGCGAGCCAAGGCAACACGGAGUGGGUUGGAUGCUGCGUUCCGCUGGACGAGACGCGAGCAGGAAGGCGCGCCGUGGCCAGCGCUGUCGGCUGGGGAGAUAGCCGGGGCUGGAGGCGGGACUCCGGGGGCGACGGGACGGACGGAAAGGGAAGUCGAUCGGGUGACCCGGGGUCCAGGUGCGCACGUGAAAUUGGCCUCGGGGGACAUGACGUCCUCGCCGCUCUCCCAGACGGAGUGCCGGCCUCUUACUUAUACGCUCGCCCAGCUGCUCGUCUCUUCCUCGUACCUUCCUCUCCUCCUAUCACUCCCUCUCACCAUCGCACUCAUAACUCCACUCACCAUGAUUACCGGUGUCCAGAUUCACACAAAGCAAGCACCCCAGGCACAGACCGAGAUCCUCACCGAGAGUGCGCUCAAGUUCCUCGCGGCUCUCCACAGGACCUUCGAGUCCACCCGCCAGAGUCUCCUCGUUGCUCGCGAGGCCGCCCAGCUUCGCUAUGACGCGGGCCAGCCGCUCGACUUCCCCUCUGAGACCGCACACAUUCGCGCCGACCCGUCGUGGCUUUGCGCACCUCCUGCCCCCGGUCUCGAAGACAGGAGGGUAGAGAUUACGGGCCCGACAGACAGAAAGAUGGUCAUCAACGCCCUCAAUAGCGGCGCGAAGACAUUCAUGGCUGAUUUCGAAGACGCGAACUGCCCCACGUUUUCAAACAUGGUGAACGGUCAAGUGAACCUGCGGGAUGCUAUCAUUCGAAAGAUUGAUUUUGAAAGCGGGGGGAAAGCGUACAAGCUCAGCGCGAAGCCCGCUGUCCUCAUUGUUCGUCCGCGUGGAUGGCAUCUUGAUGAGCCUCGCGUGACGGUCGACAAUGCUCCCAUGUCUGGCUCGCUUUUCGAUUUCGGUCUGUAUUUCUUCCACAAUGCAAAGGAGCUUGUCGCUCGGGGAUCCGGUCCAUACUUCUACUUGCCUAAGAUGGAGCACUACCUCGAGGCGCGACUUUGGAAUGACGUGUUCAACUUCUCCCAGUCCUACAUUGGCAUCCCACUGGGAACCAUCCGUGGAACUGUUCUCAUAGAGACCCUUCCCGCGGCUUUCCAGAUGGAGGAAAUCCUCUUCGAGUUGAGGACUCAUUCCUCCGGCUUGAACUGCGGUCGAUGGGAUUACAUCUUCAGUUUCAUUAAAAAGCGGAGGGCCGACAGGCGCGCUGUCCUCCCGGACCGCAAGGAUGUCACAAUGGAGGUCCACUUCAUGGACUCUUACGUUCGUCUCCUUAUCCAGACUUGUCACAGGCGUCGUGUGGCGGCCAUGGGCGGAAUGUCUGCCCAAAUCCCGAUCAAAAAUGAUCUCAAAGCCAAUGAAGUCGCUAUGGAGAAAGUUCGCGCAGACAAGCUGCGCGAGGUUACGAACGGUCAUGACGGUACCUGGAUCGCACACCCACUUAUCAAUCAGAUCGCAAUGGAAAUCUUUGACAAGUAUAUGCUGGGCCCAAAUCAGUACCACAUUCGUCGGGAGGACGUCAAGGUCGCGGCCGCUGAUCUUCUAAGCAGCAACGUACCUGGAACGAUCACGUCAGAAGGUGUGCGCUCGAACGUUGCAACAUCACUCGCAUACAGCGCGGCGUGGCUAGGCGGGAAUGGUUGCAUCCCUCUCAACUAUCUCAUGGAGGACGCCGCGACGGCGGAGAUUACUCGUGUACAACUGUGGCAGUGGGUCAAGUAUGGCCUGCGCGUAGCGGAUACCGGCAGCGUGAUAACCCCGGAGUAUAUCGACUCCGUUGUGGAUGAGGUCGUGCCGACGGUGAAAGGGGCGAUGGUUAGUGAGAAGAACCUGGACAUCGUCGCCAAGUACUUGAAGAAUCAAGUUAGGAAGGAGUGGCCGAGCGAGUUUUUGACCAGCGACUUUAUGGGCUACCUGGCCGUCGCAGAUGGUUGCCCCGCGCAGUGGCAGCGUAGUGUCUUGUAA